GCUGGCACCCCUCUGCUUUCCGAGUUGCCGAGCAGCGGAGAAGGCGUUCACUUCCGCGUCCGCCCAGCGGCGUCAGGCGGUCACGCCGAGGGUCUGGCGGGCCGCAGGUCAGUCUGGGAAGCUGCCGACCCGGCCCACCCUGCCGGUGCGGAAGAGCCGGGCGCGGGAUGGGCAGCGGGCCUGGAAGGCGGCGGGGCGCCCUGAGGAAGGGCCCGGGCAGCGCUGGUAACGCGCGCGUCCCGGGCUGCAGGCUUGGUCUUCGGGCCGAUUUGGGGGUCUCCAGGCCGCGGAAGACCGUGACGGGGCUUUCUGGCUUCCCAGCUCCUCCCGGCUCUUCCCGCUUCGGAAGAGGAGUGUGAGCCCCUUGAGCGAUGUUUCUCAAAGUGGGGUUUGCGGGCAGAUCCCCAAAUCUUUCUGAGGCAGACUUUCUGAGGUGCUCUGUGCUGUGGCCUGAGUGUCUUCGUUUUCCCAAGCGUCCCUGAUGGUUUUGAUGCAGAGGGAGACGGAGACAUCAUUGUUUUGAAGUUUCUGAAAGUGUUGGGAGGCAAAAAUUGAGGUGCCUGGGGGAGAAAUGGAAGGCCACAAGGCAGGAGAAGAGGUGCUAGAUGUUCUCCGACUGAAUGUGGGUGGCUGUAUUUACACAGCCCGGCGGGAGUCCUUGUGCCGCUUCAAAGACUCCAUGUUGGCAUCUAUGUUCAGUGGUCGCUUUCCUCUAAAAACAGAUGAGUCAGGGGCUUGUGUUAUUGACCGUGAUGGACGUCUGUUUAAAUACCUUUUGGAUUACCUUCAUGGAGAAGUUCAGAUUCCCACAGAUGAGCAAACCCGCAUCGCCCUACAGGAAGAGGCUGAUUACUUUGGCAUCCCUUAUCCGUACAGCCUGUCUGACCAUUUGGCCAAUGAAAUGGAGACAUAUUCUUUAAGGUCAAAUAUAGAACUUAAAAAGGCUUUAACAGACUUCUGUGAUUCAUAUGGCUUAGUCUGCAAUAAACCAACAGUUUGGGUUCUCCACUAUCUUAACACAUCUGGUGCAAGCUGUGAGAGUAGAAUUAUUGGUGUAUAUGCCACAAAAACUGAUGGAACAGACGCUAUUGAUAAGCAGCUGGGAGGAAGAAUUCACAGCAAAAGCAUUUUUAAAAGAGAGGCGGGAAAUAAUGUUCAGUACAUUUGGAGCUAUUAUUCAGUAGCAGAGUUGAAGAAAAUGAUGGAUGCCUUUGAUGCUUGGGAAGGAAAAGGUGUUAGCUACUGGCGGGUGCCUCAUGAGCUGAUAGAGUGUUGGACUCUAGAAGAACGGCCUUUACUUGGUAGCCUGCGUCACAUGGCUCCAAUUCGAAAGAGGCGACUGAUAACGUUCAAUGAAGAGGACGAAGGUGUGAACUGUAAGACUGGUCCUAAGCCAGUUAGAUUUUUGGGCCCUUCCACAAGUACCCAAAUCAAAGUCAAGAACUCGGCCUCCGUCACGGUGUCUCCAGCCAGUGCCGUCCAGACGUCGGCUGGGGCGACAGCAUACAGGUUUCAAAGUGGUAGCCGCAGAAAGGCAGCUCAGCGCUCUGCACCUUCUAGAACCACGGCCCUGGAGGGCACAGGGGCACCUGGGCAUCCUCAGGCUUCCCUUGGGGCUGCGAGCGCUGAAAAUGGAGGCACGCACUUACCUCCAGCUAAGGUGCUACUUUCCGACAAGAAGCCUACACCCCAGCGGGUGAUAAAGCUGAAGAGGACACCGCUGUGCGCCACCGCGCCUUCCCUGGCCACCCCCACGGCCGCGAGGCAGGCCAACUCCCUCAAGCCGCUUCCCGGCGAUGCUGCCCGGGCCUUGGGAGUGCAGACUGAGAACGGGAAGGACAAGGGAAAUUGAUGAAAGUGGUGGACUUGAAAUUUCCCGUUCAUCUCCCAAAGCUUUCAACCCAUUUGAUGCAAAGAAGUGACACUUUCUUAAUGCAGUAAAGGGGAAGCUUAGGUUUAUGUUUAGGAUUCUAUUCCUGGAAUUGUGUGAGCCAGGAAUGGAGAAGGGGAGACUUUCAGUGGUUAAGGCUCCAUUUCUCAUUUUCCCAACUUUUAAAUGAUUAUUUGUCUAUGGACAGUUUGAAUUUCUGGUUUUCAGUUUAUUUUUUUAAUGAUUAAUUCGUAUUAAGGCAACAAGACAGUACAACAAAAUAAUCUCUAGAGAGGUCCACUUUGUUGCUGAAGUAAACGUUACUUGUUGCAACCCGAGGGUGGUCAUAAGAUUUGGCCUUCGGUAUUCCUGUCUGGCAAAAUGGAGGGGGUGAUAUUAGCGGUUCCCUGUACUGUAUCACAGCCAAGAGAGAUUAGAGAGAGAAAAUGUAGAUCAAGGUGAGCUGCCUACAAAUUACUCUGUCUCCAAAGACAACAUGAAAAGAAAUGAUGGGGAGGAAAAAAACCCACAGAUUUAAUUCGCACUUUGACUCUCACUUAAUUGAACUAUUUUCUUUCCUAGAUUGGCUUUUCUUACUCUUUUCUGUUAGUAGAUUUAUUUACAAACAUCGCAAGAAGAUUUCUUGGGACAAGAAUUAUAUAAUACGUCUUUGAAGUAAAUUGCUAAAAUAUCCUAUUUGAAUUUGAAUAGUGAAGUUUUGAAAAUACUUUGAAAAAGAGAAGUAAAAGUUUAACUUUUUAACUAAAGUUAGUAUUUGUUUUUCAGAAAUGACCACUGCAGAUUCAUUCUGAUUAUACAAUAUGAUUUUUAUGCAUAAAAUUUCCAUAUAACUUGAAUUUAAUAUUUUUAAACAGAAUAUUUUGAUUAAUCCUCUAUUUUUUCAUAACUAUUCAGUUGUGUGUGUUUAUUCUUAAAUGUUAUGUUUUGUAAUUGGAUCACAUAUUUCUACUUUCAGUGAGAGUAUGCCUUCACUAUGUUAAAAAAUAAGCUCAUAAAACAGGGUACUUUUUAUUCAAAUGCUUAUCAUUGUACUUGCAUUGCUUUGAAAGAGUAAAGUAAGUAUACUCAAAACAUUACCUUUUAGAAAAUCAAAUAAAACUUUUCCAUAAAAAGUGG